UCCACACUCACCCGCAGGCCCAAGCGAGGAACCACAAUAAGGGAGUUUGAUCCGUGCAGUGACCAUUAUGUGCAGGCCUACCUGAACAGACCGGAAGUCCAAGCGGCCCUGCACGCAAACGCUACGAAGCUGCCUUACGAGUGGCAGCCGUGCAGCAGUGUGAUUAAGAAGUGGAACGACAGUCCUACCACAAUGAUUCCUCUCAUUAAGGGGCUGAUGGGUCAGGGUGUCCGCGUCUGGGUGUUCAGCGGAGACAUGGACGGGAGAAUUCCGGUGACGUCCACCAAAUACUCCCUCAAGAAGAUGAAUCUAACGGCCAAAACGGCUUGGCAUCCAUGGUACCUAGGGGGCGAGGUGGGUGGAUACACAGAGGAGUACAGAGAGAAGUUGACAUUUGCCACCGUCAGAGGGGCUGGUCAUCAAGUUCCCAGCUUCCAGCCAAAACGCUCUCUUUCACUCUUCAUUCACUUCCUCAAUGACACUCCUCUCCCUGACACCUCUCGUUACUAG